UUUGGCUCACUUCUAGGCUGUAGCUAAAACCCUCGUCUCUCUGUCUCUCUGUCUCUCUCUCUCUCUAAUUUCUCUGUCUGUCCGAAAAUGGAGGUUGGUCGCGACGCGGCUUCGACGACGAACUCAGGCCCCUCUCCGCCGCCGUUUCUGAGCAAAACGUACGACAUGGUCGACGACCCCUCGACCGACUCCAUCGUGUCGUGGAGCGAUCACAACAACAGCUUCGUCGUCUGGAACGCCCCUCUCUUCGCCAGAGACCUCCUUCCCAAGUUCUUCAAGCACAACAACUUCUCCAGCUUCGUCCGCCAGUUAAACACUUAUAUGCCCAGUAAUGAUCCAGUUUUGCUAAAUACAAUUAGUACGGUUGUUAAUUAAAAACUACCAAGACGCAUUGUUAUCUUGAACCACCAGAGUCCAG